ACAGAGUGCCUCAGUGAUUGGAUUACCGCACAUGACCAGCGUUCAGCUGUGUGACUCACUGCACUCUUUGCUUGCUCUAUCACCUUCCUCUGUCCAAACACAGCAAGCCUGCAGCUCGUGCCUGAGUCCUAUUUCACUGAGAGAAACCGUUCUGCUCUUUUGUUUUCAGGAUGUCUGAGACUGAUUUACAGAAGGAGAGGCUCCAAGCCCUUGCAUUAAAACGAAAAAGACAAGCAGAAAUCGAAGAGAAAAGACGAAAAUUAGAGGAUUUAAUAUUACGACAACAGCACCUCAAGUCCAAAGCAAAACGAGAACGAUGGCUUCUUCAGGGGACAUCAGCAGCAACAGAAGAGGAAGAAGAGCGGCGAAGACAGAUAGAAAAGGAUGAGGAAGAAGUGAAGGAACUAGAGGAGGGCAUUCACAGACUAGAGAACGAGAUUGAUCAGUUGAAGAAUGAAGAAUCUGAGAUUUCUGCCAAAGAACUAGCACUCAGAGAAAGGCUGAGAAAAAUUCAGGGGUCUGGUGUGGAUUGGCAAAACAGUCCUCAAGAACAAGACAGAGCAGAGGCGGAGAAUCACAUCCCUUCCCAAAUUCCUGACCUCCUGGAAUCGCCCCCGCAAACACAACCUCCUGCUCUUGAGUAUAAGAAGCUUUCAAAGAGACCCGUUUGCGCCAUGGAAAUCUACGUACAAAAAGACAGGAAAACUGGAGACACCGUGAUACUCUCGGCCUCGGCUGUGAGUCCGCAAGGAGCCCAACACAGGGGUGUUAAGGUCUUUGACGACGGCUGCAAGGUGGUGUAUGAGGUGCAAUCAGGGCAACCUCCCGCCGUGGAGAACGGCCUCCACACACUGACCUCUUCAGAGGUAGAUCAAAUAUUGCAGCUUGUUAACCAGCCUCACGGUCAUGAGGCCGCAAGCAGGCUGAUGAUCACUUCUCCUGACCCAGAUACUGAUGCAAGCAAUGGGGGUCUGGGGAAGAAAGAGGCACAGGUGCACAAAGAAGCCAAGCUGCAGAUGAUGCCUGGCUCACAAGGCAAGCAGGCAGCCAAUCAGAGCAGAUACGAAUAUAAAGACGAAGUGACGGAGAUGCCCGUGGCCUCGUCAGAGAAGCCCGUCACUAUGUUAUUCAUGGGCUACCAUAACGUGGAGGAUGAGGAGGAGACAAAGAAGCUGCUUGGCUUCAAUGGCACAAUUAAGGCAGAAAUCGUGCUGAUCGAUGACGACGAUGAGAAGUCCCUUCGAGAGAAGACGGUCACCGACAUCUCCACCAUGGACGGCAACGCGGCAGACCUGGUUUCCGGUCAGCCGCUGUCGGACACGACCGAACCGUCAUCUGAAGGCAAGGACGAAAGUUCGGACAAGGAACUCCCAACCCCAGGCCCAGUGCUGAUGUCCGAGCUGAUGAAAGCAGACUGCCAUGUACUGGCUGGUGCACAGAAUAUCAGCACUGCAACGACAUCCUGCAAAGAUGCCAGUCAGUUGAAGAGAGAGAUUCCCUCAAAGAGUGUCACUUUCCUUGACUCGGUCAACGUGAUAUUCGGAGGUUUAAGCAUCAUGGAGGCCCCACCAGAAAGCCUAGAUGAUUAUCACCAUUCAGGUGGCCCUGAUACCAUGGAGGACGUACAGGAAACACUGGACAGGGAUGCUGCUGAGGAAGGACUUCACUCUGACAAGGAAGCAAACUGCUGGGAUCCUGAUACCACAUCAGAGGAAACUUCUGCUGAAUUAAAGACAAUCAAUAUCCCUGAGACAGGUGCAUCUUUUCUACAAAACAGCUGUCAAGAUGCUGACAUGCAGUCACCAUACAACAGUGAAGCAGCGACAGAAGGAAUGAAGCAGGCCCCUUUGAACAGUGAAGGUUCAGAAAAUUACAACGGUCACUCAGGGUUAGUCGACACGGAUUACAAAAAGCUUCUCGGGGAUACAACUGUGACAGCAAUUAAGAAGGAGCCCCGCUUCGAGCUUCGGGCUUUCCAGGAAGAGAAGAAACCUUCUAAGCUCUUUGACACGCCAGUAAAAGAGCAAAUUCACGUGAAGAAGGUUAGACCCUCUGAAGAGAUGGCAGAAUUGGAAAAGGAACGACUGGAGCUGAUCAGAGGCCAGGCAGUCAAGAAGAAUCCUGGAAUAGCUGCAAAAUGGUGGAAUCCGCCUCAAGAAAAAACUUUAGAGGAAGAACUGGACCCGGACCAGCUUGCGUCACAUAGGAGGUAUGAGGAAAGGAAGCAGAAAAGGCCAGAAAUGUCAAAUAUGCCACCAGCAUCAUCAAAACCAACUGCAGUCCCUGCUGUACCAGCAGAAAUCAGCAAGGAGGAUGUUGUCAUGGAGCAGAUCGGUUUCUCUGCGGCACGAAGCCAGUUCCUUCAGAUGGAGAAUAACAGACCAGUACAAAAAAGAGACGUUACUCCUAAAAUCUAUUCUGCCAAACCCUUCAGAAUUUCAAAUAUUACAAAUGUAGAAAAGCCAAACACUGUAACCGCUGAGAUUUAUGUUCCUCAAGAUAUCAGCCAAGUCACCACAUUGAAAUCCCACAACAACUGCUAUACUGUAGGGGAAUCUCCCACUAAUCGCUCAAUCGAGAGCGUACCAAAAAAUGAGAUUAAAGACAAUGACGAAACAUGGGUAGAUGAUGAAGACUUCACACCUGUCCGGGCUGUGAUGACUUUCCUUAGGGACGAAGAGCCUGAUACCUUCACAGACUCUUCCUUUAAGCCAGAGGAAGCUGAUUAUGGAUUCGAUGACCUUUCCCUCAAAUCUCAGGGCGAUAAGAAACACUUCGGACUGGAAAAUGUGAGUGACAGUGCUGCUCCCAGUGAGACUGUCACCAUCUCUCUGACAGAUCAGUCCUCUUCCAUGUCAUAUAUCGUCCAGACGGUUAACAUUGGGCCAGACCUGUCAGUUAACAAGCCUCUUAUGUUGAAAGCUAAUGAUACAGAUAUUCUGACAGAGGAACAGCUGGAAUACCAUGCAGGCAUUUUAGUCCAGAAUGCCAUCCAGCAUGCAAUUGCCCAGCAGACUGUGUCACAGGGCCCAGAGGAGCCUCCAGACUAUGAACAAAAUACUGAUCUCAUACUGCAGCCUUUGGAAGAGAUCAAUAAAUGUGAAGAUGAGUUGGUACCUCCCCUGGAAUGCAGGAGUCCUGAUAAGAUAACUGAAAUGACUGCACUUCCAACAGACGUGGACUCCAGCAGUUACAGCGAGCCUCCGGAUCGCUCUCCAAAAUCCAGCGGACAGCCAGAAGAGUUCAGCUAUUUUAGUAAAUAUUCCCAGGCAGCCGAGCUCAGGAGCACUGCCUCAGUAACAAGAAACCAAGACAAGGAGGUCAGCUCAGGGCCCUUCAGGCUGCGAUCUCACAAGCAAAGGACCCUCUCCAUGAUCGAGGAAGAAAUCCGAGCAACUCAGGAACGAGAGGAGGAGCUAAAGAGGCAGAGGAAGACACAGAGUAGUCUGAAGCAAAAUCCCAAGAUGCUGCCGUCCAGGCUGAGUCCCACAGGAAGGACAGCACCUGGCAAGAUCGAGAAGAUUCGCCCCCCACCACCUGUCUCACCCUCGUCGGAGGGCUCCCCAACACCGUCCAUUUCUGAUGUCAGCAGUGACGACUCCGCAGGCCCCCAGAGGGCCAAAAAUUUCAUGCAGACUCUGAUGGAAGAUUACGAGACUCACAAAGUGAAGCGUCGAGAGAAAGUGGAAGAUGCCAGUGUUCUAGAGGCUACAAGAGUCACGCGUCGAAAAAGCAACAUGGCAAUACGAUGGGAAGCAGGAAUGUAUGCCAACCAAGACGAAGCGGACGAGGAAGAGGGUUAGGCCAGUGUCACGAGCGUCGGGGCACACAGCCUUCCCCAUUAUUUAUUUGCGAAAGACUUAACCUGAAGUAUUAAAGGUUGAUUUUAAUUGGCAGUCAAGGCAAGUACAGACUAAAAGCUGCAAUAUCAAAGCUCAUGGGUCAUUUCCUUACAUUUCAGGUUUUAAUUUUUUAUUUUCUGCUUAUUACUGGUUGUGUUUUCAUUUUUGCCAUCUUUUGAAAUAUGCAGGUGUACUUAUAAUAGAAAUGAAACUCAUGGGUAUGGUUUAUUUCAACCUUCAUCCUAGGAAUUAUUAUCUAUAGUUUUGUAUGCUGUAGUUGCUUUUAUAAAUAGAUAUUAUUUCCCUAUAUAGGAAAAAUUAAAGAGGGUCACCAGUGACAGUGGGUGUUUUUUUUCUUCAGGUUUCCUUGAUAUCAGUUGAAAUAUUUGAAACAUUUAAGUGACACUCAUUUAUUGUGAUUUCUGGGUGUCGCUAUACAGCUUUUCUGAAAGUGUGUUUAAUACUCUUACUGCGCUUGGGACAGUGUUAAUACUCAUCUAUUCUGUAGCAUAUAAAACUGGCCAGGGCAGAGAAUCUACAGUAUAUGGAAGAUCAGUAGGAGAUAGGAUACAGACUGUAAUAAGACUUAAGAAACUGAGAGACCCCCAGAUGCAAGAUGUACAUCGAAUGAACUUUCCUGUACCACAAUGUUGUUGUACAGACCUUCCUAUGGUCCUGUUCUUCUGUAAUCAAGAAGUAAAUGGGUCAGGGACCAGAGCUGCUGUUAAUGACAAAUUAAUCAUUCAUAAAUUCAAAUGCACAUGAACAUGGCAGAACACUAGGGGGAUUAUUAUAUUAGGGUCAACCUAUUACAUGAUAUUUUAUCAUAUGCCUUUUUCAACUUUAAAUACAUAUCAGAAUCUUUAACACUUCUUAGCAGCCCUCAAAGAAACAGAAUCAUUUGCUAAGAUAUUUAGGGAAGGUUAACCUUUUGCUGAAUCAACAAUAACAUUACAGCUCAGUUAUGCCUCCUUAACUUUGUUUAGAACCGAAGUAUGCAAAACAGUAAUAUAUGUAUAGUUGGGUUAGGGUAAGGGUAAGGGUCUGGAUUAGAGUUAGGGUCAGGGUUAUGUUUAUGGUUAGGUUUAAGGUUAGGUUUAGGGUUAGUUCCAUUCCUCAUUUUGCAAAUCGCCAGUACAUCCAUUUUCUGAUUGUGGGUAUUUCAAUUAUUCCAAUAAUAAGACAGGCUGGAGCCUCUGAAAGAUACUUAUUUUUUAAGACAGCUGGGAAAAUAACAGCUCAGUAUUUAAGGUUAGCUAAAUGUUUUACUACAUUGUGGAUAUAUACCAGUUAGAUGAUUAUAGAGUAAUCAUCAUGAAAUCUGUUGUGCUUUUUAGUAAUUUAAUUUAAUACUUUUGACCAUUUGUGUCGUAUUCCAGAAUCCCGCUUGCUUUUUGUUUGCAGCUUAGAAACUGCUACUGACUUAAACUAAAACUUAUUGUUUUAGUGUAACUUGGACAGCUACUGGUUUGCUGUUUGUCUGCUCAUUUUCUGUUGUGCAUAUUUUGAUUAACCAUUGAACGUGAUGUAUACAUUCAUUUUGGACACAGAGCAACGACAGUGAAAACCCAGACCAGCAAAUACACCUUCAGUAGGAAAUGUUGAACGCUGUACAGGAAACAAUCAUUCCUUUCAUAUCUUUCUGGUUUUUACAUUUACAUUGACAUAUCAAGCUGAUGCCUUUGCCCAAAGCGAUGUGCAUGUGAAGGUAAAUAGCACAUCACAGACAUAUUGUCAAGGAGUCAACUAGACGUAAGUGCAGCUAGGCUGAGCUUCUAAAGAAUGCCCAGGUACACGUGUAAGAAAAACAUCUUUCUUUCAGAAAAUUCCAUAUAUUAACCAUUGAUAUACUCACCUCUCUUCUCUCCUUUAGUUCCUGUCCACAUCUCAGUUAUUCCUAUGGCAACAUAUCUGUUCUCUGCACUAUUGUCUCAGUGUCUUGUGUUAUGUCAUGUCUCCUGAAAUCAAGCUGCUUCCCAGGUUCUUUGCUACAAAGUUAGUCGCUCUGCACACACUAUAUGCACUUACUGCACUGCUGCUUCUCAGUUUUUACUAGCCAAAGAUUCCUGCUUAGUCACGUGCAAAGAAACGCCGUGAAAACUGUCUGGUGUCAUGCACGUAAGCACAAGUGUUAAUACUUGAAGCGUGAAUGACCAUCCAAGUCGCCUGAGUAAUUCGUAACCGAAUUGAAAACCCAAAGUACUGCAGCCAUAACUAUGGAGAAAUUAACAAAUAACCCUUAAGUGUAUUUUUCAUGUAAACAUAGGAUAAAUAAAUAUUGCCUGCUAUGCAGUGAAUGACAUACAGAAAAGGGAAUAGAAAUUAUAUUAGCAACUAAUGACUCAUCCAAAUUCCAAAGAAAUUGAGAAUGAAUGUGAUUUGAUGAAAAUGCGUGUGGGUGACCUUUGCUCAGUGAGUACCAUGGUAAAAUUUAGUAAUUGUUUAAAAGCUUGUGCCUGUGUUUAGGUGGAAAUUGUAUAGAUGUAGAAUGGGGUUAGAAAGUAAUGUAUACAGGAUCUAGCGAUGGAGAAGUAAAAAAGAUUUCAUUUACGUUUCUUCUUUAUGUGUAUGAAAAACUAACAUUGGGUUUUUUUUCUUUUUGUUGCCUUUUCUAUAGUUUUAUUAGUUGUAUUGUUUAAUUUGAUAUAUUGGCUUCAUAUAUCUCCUAUAUGCAGCAAUAUAUAGUGAUCCUUCAACAUUGACUACCUUCAAAAAUUUCCAGUGGAUGCUUUUCUCUAGCAUACCAAAUUACAAUGUCAGUAGAUUUGGUAGUAAGGAGUUCUGCUGUGAGUGUAAUUAAUGCUGUAAUAUGUACUUUAAUCAUUUUUGCAUAUUACACAGCACAAAUUAUGUCGUUUCAUAAAAGACUGAGAUGGUAUGCUAAGGGAUAUAUUGACUAUAUUGAAACUUUAAUUUAAAAAAAAAUAAAUCAUGCCUAUUAUUAACUAUUCCUUAUAGAAACACCAUUUCUAUACACUGUAUAGUACUACAGGCUCACUGCAACCCUGUAGUAUACAAGCACAAUGGAAGACGGAUGCAGCCUACCAUUUCCACACUUCAAUAUAAGCUUUCAUUCCUAGUUACUAUAAAAAGAGCAACUAACUUGUUUUACCUUGUUGUUGCUUUGACUCCAUUGAUUGACAAAUUACUGUUUUCAGAUCUGCUAUAGUUAAAAAUUAGCAGCGGAAAAAUCUGCAGCAGCUGUCAAACUGCAGGAGGAUAGAUGUGCAGGUCAGAUGAAGCUCAGCGGGGUUUAGUCUGUGUGUCCUGGAAAGUUGAGGUUUCAUUUUCUGCCGGUGUUGAUGUCACAGUGACAUCCAAAUCAUCAGAUCUAUGUUAGCUAUUUAGCCCUGUAUAAAUACAGCUCCUUAAUGCUUGCUGUUCCUGAUUUAGAAUGGCAUUAAUUUCUAAAUAUUUUGUUGUGACCUUUCUUGUGAAAAUAUUGUACUUAAUCAAAGCAAUAAGAUCCAUUUAAAGCACCAGUAUUAUUACUGUCACAUUGUGUAUCUGAAUAUGAGAUUGUGAGAUUUGCAGAUGAGACUGUGGAGGUAAUUAUUUUUUUCUAAUGAGGAUAGUCUGUACAAUUUUCUGCAUAUUCAUACAUAAUAAGGCAUUUAAAAUCAUUUAUCUGACCUAACAAAUGGUAACUGUUAAACAUUUAAACAGUUAUAUGGAUUUGUUUGUUAUAGAAGGAAAUGUAAUUCAAUAAUUCAAUGUAAUUACUGAGAAUAGGAAGCCAGUAUUUUGAUGAAUCAAUGACUUUUACAGUUUGUAUUUGUUAAUUAAUUAAUAUGUUAAGUUGCACUAUAUAUAAUAUUUACAUUAUAACUACAUUUACAAAGUAUAUCAAUAUUUUCUAAACAUUCUGAACUUCAAUGCCAUGAAUUUCCUGAUUGCAAGUUAUAAAAUAUUUUGUGUUCCUACUAGAAUGAAGGUAUUGGAAAAUAUUAUGCAUGUUCAUUGUAUUUAACCAACAUUCUAUUGCUUUCUAUUUUUACAGUAAUAUUUUGGCACAAUGGAACUGAUACAAUGUUUUUUUUUACCUAUUAAAAGCCAUAUUUCUUUCAAA